AAUUACGAGUUAGACCUUAAUAAAUAAUAGAAGGGCUUUAGACAAGAUGCAAGAUUAGACAAGAUACAAGAUACACCUCCGAUAAAUUCAAUCUCCGAAACCUAACUUGUCAAAUCCGAAUUCAAACUCCUCCAAAACCAACCGAAUUAACAACCCAAUACGAAAGUUCGAAAGGGGAAGAAGUGACAGGUUUGAUAAUUGACAUGAUCGCAUGAUCCCGUUUCCAUGGAUGAUCCCAGAAAACAUCAGGUAUCCUUGCGAGGAGCAAGUACCAAGGAAAUUACAAGGGUUGAGCUACUUGAAAAAGUCUCCCAUGAAAGGGAACUCCGAAAUUUUGCCAGGCGAGCUAGUUCUGCUGCUCUCUUUAUCCAGAGGGUUUGGAGACGGUACAUUGUGACGAUGAAGGUGGCAUUGGAGCUUCAAAAGGAAUGGGACAUUUCAAUGCAUGAUGCUUCUGGGCUAAUGAAGAAAACCUGGGUUUCAUGCUCUUUAUUGAGGCCAUUCCUAUUUUUCAUCAUUCACCGAUAUCUCAGAAAGCGCACUGUCCAAAUUGAGACUGUGAACUCUAUGCACGGAUGCUUUGUAAUAUUAUUGGAAAAUUUAAAUUCAACAGACCUAGAUACAAAUUUCUGCUCAUUGGCAAUUGGUACAAUUGAGGAGCAAAGAAUGUGGAGUUACCAAGUAAAAAAGCUAGUAUAUUUAUGCUCAUUCAUACUUGUGGACUAUGAUAGUUACUCUUUAGGGUGUCCUGAAGUUGUUGCAGUCACUGCAUUAUUGAUGCGUUUGGUUAUGACCCUUACUGACUCAAGGAGCUGGAAGUGCAUAUCUGAUGAAAAACGCGAGGAUGCAGACAGAACAGUGAAGGAUUUGAUUACGUUUAUUGGCAGUAAUAAAAGUGGUUUAUUUAGGUCUAUUGGCAUAUACAUGACUAAAUUGAAGGCUUCUUGUUCUCCACAAAGUGUUGUCCAGAAGGAUGAUAAAUUCUUGAUUACUGCUAGUGUUAUAACUUUAGUGUUGCGACCGUUUUUAGUUUUCAGCACAAAUGAACAGGAUUCUUUUCCACUGGAUCUGCAAUGUGCUGCAGAGCAGUAUUGCUUAUUCAUACUUACAGUACCCUGGCUGGUUCAACGUAUCCCAGUUGUACUUCUGCGUGCUUUGAGGCAUAAAUCUACUCUAGAGCCAUGCUUAGAGACUUUCCUGAUCUUAAAUGAAAAGAUCUUGAUUGAGUACUCAAAGAUGGAUGUAUCUGGAGUAUUACAUUCUAAUGGUAUACCUUGUGUUGGGUGGGCUCUUUCAAACAUUAUAAGCCUUGUGACAUGGAGCAAAAAUGAGUCCAUUGAAUCGAGUAGUUUUAUUGAUGGCAUAGACAUUGUUGGAUAUGUUCGUACGCUCAAUGUCCUCGCUGAUAGGUUUCUUACUGAGAUUGAGAACAAUCAAUUGGCACGAAAGGAAAGACAAGAACUGAUGGAUGAUGGAAGUUCUGGUGCGGAGAUGACCUCAGAAUCCCUCAAUUACAUGGACCUGCUGAGACCAGUUUGUCAGCAAUGGCAUCUUGCGAAACUCAUGGUCAUAGCAAAUAGCAAGUCUUCCACUGAUGAGAGAAAUUCCCCAAAAUCAAAAUCAGAUUAUAAACACAUUAAAGUUUUGGAACUGGUUGAUAUUGCUCUUUGUUACUCUUAUAUGAUCAGAUUAUAUUCAGCCAUGAAUUUGAGGCAUGGUCCAUUGCCAGUCCUUAAUAUGCUGUCUUUUACUCCUGGAUUUCUGGUCAGUAUUUGGGGAGCACUGGAACAUGCUCUAUUUCCUGAAGCAGGUCAUGCUUUAAGAAAUGAAUUGUACCACGUUGCGAAUGCGUAUGGAUAUAAAUCUUCUGGGACUUCAAAGAGAAAACAAAAACAGGUUAAUAAAGAUGGAGCUGGAAGAUGGGUUAGCGUAUUGAAUAAAUUCAGUGGUAAAUCCAAGGCAGAUGCAGAUACAAGCACUGGUGGGAUUGACUGUCAAUCUGGGGACAGCAUGCGAGACACCAAAUUAGAUGAUACUUGGAAUGUUGUGUCUUUAAGAUGUGGUCUUGAAAGCUUUUCAAAGGAAAAUUUAUAUUUAAUUCAUCUGUUUUGUGCUACAUAUGCUCACCUGUUAUUGGUUCUUGAUGAUGUAGAAUUCUAUGAGAAACAGGUUCCUUUCUCCUUGAAGCAGCAGCGCAAGAUUGCAUCAAUACUAAAUACACUGGUCUACAAUGGUUUGCUCCAUAAUACAGCUGAUAGAAAUAGACCGGUUAUGGAUGCAGCAUCGAGAUGUCUACAAAUGCUAUAUGAAAGGGACUGCAGACAUCAAUUUUGCCCUCCUGCGUUGUGGCUUGCACCUGCUUGUAAGAGUAGACCUCCAAUUUCCUUGGCUGCUAGGACACAUGAAGUUCAGUCAGAUGUUAGAUCAGAUGAUGGUUUAACCUUUCCAAGCAUGGGUUCAUUUAUAACUGUCACUCCGCAUGUAUACCCCUUUGAAGAAAGGGUUCAGAUGUUUAGAGAGUUCAUCAAAAUGGACAAGACUUCUCGUAGGAUGGCUGGGGAACUUAACGCACCUGGUGUACGAUCCAUUGCGGUUGUAAUUCGUAGGGGUCAUUUGAUUGAGGAUGGUUUCCAGCAAUUGAAUUCUCUGGGAACAAGGUUAAAAUCAUCCAUACAUGUUUCUUUUGUAAGUGAGUGUGGCCUUCCUGAGGCUGGCCUGGACUAUGGUGGUUUAUCCAAGGAAUUCUUAACUGACAUUUCAAAAGCAGCAUUUGACCCACAGUAUGGAUUGUUUGCUCAGACCUCAACUUCUGAGAGACUGUUAAUCCCUAAUACCGCUGCAAGAUUUCAAGAUAAUGGUAUCCAGAUGAUUGAAUUUGUUGGAAGAAUUGUUGGAAAAGCUCUGUAUGAAGGAAUCUUGUUGGAUUAUUCUUUUUCACAUGUUUUUGUCCAAAAGCUUUUAGGCCGGUAUUGCUUUCUUGAUGAACUCUCUUCACUUGAUCCAGAGCUGUAUCGGAAUCUGUUGUACGUCAAGAAUUAUGAAGGUGAUGUUAAGGAACUUUCCCUUGAUUUUACCAUCACUGAGGAAACAUUGGGGAAAAGGCACAUAAUUGAGCUUAGACCUGGUGGCAAGGAUACUUUAGUAACCAAUGAGAAUAAGUUGCAAUAUAUUCAUGCUAUGGCAGAUUAUAAACUCAAUCGGCAGAUGUUGCCACUAUCAAAUGCAUUUUUCCGAGGAUUAACAGAUCUCAUUUCACCUUCCUGGCUAAAGUUAUUUAAUGCCAGUGAAUUCAAUCAGCUGCUUUCAGGUGGCAACAUUGAUAUUAAUGUCGAUGAUCUGAGGAAGAAUACAAGGUAUACAGGUGGCUAUUCUGAGGGAAGUCGGACUGUAAAACUCUUUUGGGAGGUCAUGACAGAUUUUGAACCAACAGAACGGUGUAUGCUUCUUAAGUUUGUUACAAGUUGUUCACGUGCUCCAUUGCUUGGCUUCAAACAUUUACAUCCAACUUUUACCAUUCAUAAGGUUGCAUGCGAUGUGCCUCUUUGGGCAGCAUUUGGAGGACAGGAUGUGGAGCGUCUACCUUCAGCUUCUACUUGCUACAACACUCUAAAGCUUCCUACGUAUAAACGAGCUAGUACAUUGAGGGCGAAGCUUCUGUAUGCUAUCAACUCAAAUGCAGGGUUUGAACUUUCUUGAGUACUUCAAUGGAUUCAGGUUACUGAGAAAUUACCAUUUUCAAUGAGAUUUGCCAUCAUGUCUAGGAGAGGCUGAUAAAUGUCAAAGACCACGAAUAUCAAAUCUGCAAGUUUUGCCUGUAAGAGCGUGUCACACCAUUUUAUUUACUGUUGAAUGAAAGAGCAUCCGGGUUCAGUCUUUCGUCGCAUUGAUUACUUCCUCCUCUCUCUAUAGGGUAAUGGCUGCUGGCAAACAUCCCAUUGGUGGUAAGCUGUACUCCUUACUCUGAGCCAUAUACUGUCUGUAAAAGUACAUCGAAAUUGCAUUGGCUUAGAUACAUAAACAGAAAGAUGGAAAUUAAAGGAACAUCCCACUAUUUUCUUCAUUGUUGUGAAACUGCUGCUUUAUCUAAAUAUUGCGUAUAUAUUUUAACACCGUUA